UUUGAGCCUAUUUAUUUACUUCCAGUCGCAUUUUCCGCAUGGGGUGCGACGCCCGGCAUCCGCUCACGCGGCGACCUUCGCCGGCAUCUUGGCGACGGGGCCGUCGUAGCCGUCGCGCUUGGCGAGGGCGGCGAGCUCGUCGUUGAGCUCCGCGAGCGCGGCGGCCGGGAGCUCGACCUCCUUGCCCUGCUUGGCGGCGGCGGAGGUCGCGGCGGCCUUGAAGUGCGCCGCGAAGAGGUCCGUGACGAGCGCGGGCUUGGCGUCCGGGCUCGAGAGGGCGUCGAUGGCCUCGGUCAGGGCCUUGGUCUUGACCUCAGGCGACGCGAACUGGCCCGUGACGGCCGCGGCGGCGUCGGCCACGAGCUUGGCCUGGAUGCCCGCCGUCACGAGCUCGUCCUUGGCCACGAGGGUGUCGAGCUUCUUCACGAUCGAGUCGCGGACCGCGUGCUGGAGCUCCAUGGUCUUGGCGGCCUUGAGCAGGCCCAGGGCCUCGGCCUGCGCGCCCGAGAUGGCCUUGAGCUCGCCCAGCAGCGCCACGCGGCCCGCGUGCGCGUCGACGACCUCCUUGAUCGACGCGAUGGCCUCGUCCUCGAGGGCGUUGUGCUGCGCGAUGAUGGCCUUGCCCUUGGCGUCGAGCAUGUCGGCGACGGCCUGGUUGCCGAGCACGUACGACGCGCCGCAGAACAUGGCGAAGACGCCCACGAGCUGGGUCUCCUCGGAGAGCAUCAGGACCUCGUUCGAGAUGACGGGCACGGCCAGCCAGAUGCCGAGAGGCAGCUGGUACUGCCACUUGUCCAGGCCCAGAUCUUUGAGCACCGAGAGCGAGCGGGCCGCCGGCGCGGCGGCGGGCGCGCGGCGCGCCGCCCUUGCCAGCCCGGCCGCCGCACGCCUUGCGGCGAGCAUCCUCUAGUCUUUUUUCCGGCGCCUACGAGCGGCUGCUGAGGGCGACGGUCCACUGGCGCGGCUCGAGGCGCGGCUGUUGUGUCCGCGGCGGCGGACUGGGCGCAGCGAUUAGCUUUUUACGCUUGGUGGGAGACCGCCACCACCCAACCCGGCUAUAUGGAUCCUCCGAGUCCGUGGGAUUAUCGCUCACAGACUUCUGCUGUGACUUUUUUUUUUUUGGCUAUUUUUUUUGGGGGGUAU